AUGCGAACCGGUCUACAAGAGCUUCAGUCUCUUGUCACUAGAAUUGGUCAAGUGCCAACUGCUGAGACAAUGCAGAAUUUUGCGCUACAAUCUCAGAAGGACACUUCACAAUUAGUAGAAGGUCACAGGGGGAACCCCGUGCGCAACCCUUUCGUACCCUUUGUGUUCUCUUUUAUGUCUGUUUACAAUCACAAUCCUCCCAAUGAUACAAUAAUGACAGAGUUCACUAGAUUUUACCGGCCGUCACUUGCUCCGGGGCUUCUACAAGCUUUGUUUCACGCCCAGACGGAUCUGGAGAGGGAUAAGGCCCUGUCUGAGCUUGACGAUGUUGUAUUUUCCCUGGCAGUACUGGGCAACAGAUAUUCACAACAAACUUCUCAGAGUAAUGUUGCCGUAAAAGCCUUCACUGAUGUGAUUUUGGCCUCCGAUGAUGCAACAGACUUGAUUUGGGAUGGCAACAUUGACAUUCUCUCAAUACACCUUGACAUUGCUGCUCAGUUACCCAUAGUUUACAAUGAACUCCAUCAAACCUUUCUCACGUUGGGCACCUUUCAGGCAUCGUUCAUGCCAUACACAGAGCAGGUUAUGAAUCAUAUGCAAAGAGGAUUACAAGAGCUUUAUACCGUUGUCAAUUCCAUUGGCGAGCAGCCAACCAACGAGUCCCUACAAUCUUUUGCCCAACAAUCACUUGAGGAAACUUUGCAGCUCAUGGAUACUAUCCGAAUAAUCCGACUUGAAGACAAGGAAUUCAAUGAAGAGGAAUGGCCAGAGGAUGAGGAGAUGGGGGAAGCAAGUGAGGCACCAAGUGAGAAGAGAAGUUGGGAUGAUGAAGAAGUCAUUGAGUCAAUGCCACCAAGCUCGCAGCACAGGAGGAAGAGACGUCUUCGGAGGCACUAA